CGGGUCUCGAGCCUUCUCCCCGAGAUCGAAAAUAUUACAUGUGUUGUGUAGGCCUAAAGCUACACAGUAUUUAUCGCCUGUCUUUCUAUUUCCCUCGUUUUUUAAGAUUCUACUCACAGUUGUCCGGAGGAUGAAGCUCAUCACGCAUAAUAUGUUGACGAGUAAGGGGAUAAAGAACGUAAAAGAAGGAUUUCCACUAAAGAUACAGGCUGAGGAAGUGAGAAAUGUGGACAUUGAUUUUGACAGAGAGUUUAUCUCUAAAACUAUACCAAAGCUGGACUGGAAUGCUCUCAUAUUUGCAGCACAGUGUGUAGGGCACCAGGAAGACCUCCCAGAGACCUUGCCUGAGAGUUAUGAUAAUGAUGAAGACCUCCUGAAGAAGUUGCAUCAUAUACUGCUAGAGGUGGAAGUGGUCAACGGUUGCCUGGAAUGCCCAGAAACUAAGAGAAAAUUCCCAAUCAGCAAUGGCAUUCCAAAUAUGCUGCUAAAUGAAGAUGAAGUAUAAUUCAAAUAAAAAGAGAGUCUGUUUUGUAUUUACCAAGUAUGACAUUGGCAAAAUAGAUAUAUAUUUUAUUCUCAUAUGAUUUCUCCAUAUGUUUGUCACGAUAUUAGAAUAUAUGUAAGGCUCAUUUUGUGAUAGUAAAAUGGAUGUUUAUGUA